UAGCUAAAUGUUAAAUUAAAAGAAGGAGAAGGAAAGCGGAAUGGCGUAUUAAUUUUUGUUUCCUUAGAGUCCUAAGCAUUAGCAGCCGUUUUUUCGCCUUUUCGAUUGUGGAUGUCUGCGUGAAGGUUUCUGUUUGCGAAGAAUUCUUUAAAAAUACGAAAGCAGCUUUUUGUAAGCAGUUGUGAGGUUUCGUAGUGUUACGAAAAUGACCGGUCGGGCACGAGCAAGAUCGAGAGGCAGAGCACGUGGUCAAGACACGGCCGCGCCUGGAGCGGCCAUCGAGCCGGCACAAGAACCGCCCCCUCCAGCAGAGGGGGAGCUGGUAGGUCGAGGCAGACAGAAGGGUGCUCCUGGAGCCAUGGCCAGAGAAGCUGUUCUACAGAUUUCAACUGGAUUUCAGCAAGUGAAGUUGGGAGAACGUGGUGGACGCAAGCGGGACUUUAAUGAUACAGGAGUAUUCACCAGACAAGCAAUGGAGCAUGUGAAGGAAUCAAAGACUGGAACAUCCGGUGCCACCAUAAGGUUGACUGCAAACUACUUCAGGAUCCUGUCUCGCCCUCAGUGGGUUCUGUAUCAGUACCAUGUGGACUAUAAACCCCCAAUGGAGUCGAGGCGCCUGCGAUCUGCCCUCCUCUUCCAGCAUGCAGAACUCCUUGGUUCAGCACGGAGCUUUGAUGGAGCUAUGCUUUUCCUGCCUCAGAAACUGCACAGCAAGGAGACUGUACUCUAUAGUGAGACAAGGAAUCAGGAGAACGUUCAGAUAACCAUCACUUUGACAAAUGAGUUGCCACCCUCAUCACCAGUGUGUAUUCAGUUUUACAACAUCAUAUUCAGAAGGAUCUUGAGAAUUCUCAACAUGCAGCAGAUCGGACGCAACUACUACAACCCCAGUGAUCCACACGAGAUUCGACACCACAGAUUAACAGUUUGGCCAGGGUACUCCUCCACCAUCCUGCACUACGAGUCCUCCAUCAUGAUGUGCACCGACGUGAGCCACAAGGUGCUACGUAGUGAGACCGUGCUUGACUUCAUGGUCAACCUGAGGCAGCAGUGUGGAAGUCAACGCUACACUGAGAUCUGUGCCAAGGAGCUCAUUGGUCUCAUUGUCCUCACAAAGUACAACAACAAAACUUACAGGAUUGAUGACAUCGCAUGGGAUCACACUCCCAACAACACUUUUACUAGAAGAGAGACAGAAAUCUCUUUCAAGAACUACUACAAGAACCAAUAUGGUUUGGAUAUCACUGAUGGCAACCAGGUGCUGUUGGUCAGCCAUGUGAAGAGGAUGGGCCCUGCUGGAGCGCCCCCUCCUGGCCCGGCUAUGCUUGUGCCAGAACUGUGCUACCUCACAGGGUUGACUGAUAAGAUGCGAAAUGACUUUGCCAUAAUGAAGGAGUUGAGCACGCACACCAGACUGAAUCCAGAUCAGAGGGAGAAACAGCUCAACAGAUUUAUAACCAACAUUCACAAGAGUGCUGAUGCACAGGCAGAGUUGUCGAAGUGGGGACUCAGCUUUGAUAAGCAGCUUCUCAACCUGACUGGCAGAGUCCUCGGAGGAGAGAGGAUUAUCCAAGGAUCGAGAUCGUACGAGUACAACCCCCAGUCAGCUGACUGGUCCAGAGAGAUGCGUGGGAUACCUGUGAUAAGCUCUCCGCCGCUGGAGAACUGGCUCGUUUUUCACUCCCGCCGGAACACCAAUGAAGCACAGUCCCUCCUGCAAACUCUCCACAAAGUCUCAGCUCCCCUCGGUAUCCGCAUGCAAAGGCCUUCUGUAAUUGAGUUUGAAGAUCAUCAGCUGGCUCUCCUCAAAGCUCUGCAGCACAACGUUGGGCCACAGACUCAAAUGGUGGUGGUAGUCCUUCCCAACAGCAACAAGGACAAGUAUGACAGUAUUAAGAAGUACCUUUGUGUGGACUGUCCAACUCCAAGCCAAUGUGUGGUGGCCCGCACCUUAAGCCGACCUCAGGCGCUCAUGACCGUGGCGACGAAGAUUGCACUGCAGAUGGCCUGCAAAAUUGGAGGAGAGCUGUGGAGUGUGGAGAUCCCUCUCAAACAGUUGAUGGUUGUGGGCAUUGACUGCUACCAUGACACGUCUACUGGAAAACGGUCUAUCGGCGCUCUGGUGGCAAGCCUCAACCCCACCAUGAGCAGAUGGUACUCAAAGUGUGUCCUGCAGCACAAAGGUCAGGAAAUAAUAGAUGGACUGAAAAUGGCCCUAACUGGUGCACUGAAAGACUACCUGAAGUUCAACAAUUGCCUUCCAUCGCGCAUCAUUGUGUACCGGGAUGGAGUAGGAGAUGGUCAGUUGCACAGCAUCGUCAACUAUGAGGUGACACAGAUGAUGGACUCAAUCAAGUCCGUGGGGCUGGACUAUGAGCCCAAGUUAAGCGUGGUGGUGGUCAAGAAGCGCAUCAAUAGCAGGUUUUUCACUAUGAUCGGUGACAAGUUCACUAACCCUCCACCAGGCACCGUCAUCGACAUAGAGGUCACCCGUCCAGAGUGGUAUGACUUCUACAUCGUGAGCCAGUCUGUCAGGUCUGGCAGCGUCUCACCAACACACUACAACGUCGUCUACGAUACCAGUGGACUAAAACCUGAUCACAUGCAGCGGCUCACAUACAAGCUUUGCCACUUAUACUACAACUGGCAGGGAAUCAUCCGAGUUCCUGCUCCCUGCCAGUACGGCCAUAAGCUGGCCUUCCUUGUUGGGCAGAGCAUUCACAAGCUGCCCAGUAUGAAGCUCGACGACUAUCUUUUCUACCUUUAAGGAGCAGUUUGCGUUGCCCACUCGUGUUUCCUGAAAAGAGUGUGAUGAUCUGUUAGAAAAGACCCUGCGUUUGUUUGUUUACGUGGCCAUAGUAAUGUUAAGUUCAUGUUCUGCCUUAAAGCGCACAGUUAGGUUUGUUAUUGUUUAAAAAAAAACUAUUACUGUAAAGACAGCCUUUAGCUGUCCAUGUGUUCACUAUGUUGACUCUUUCUCUGUACGACGGAAAAUGUUCAAGAUUAUUUGCAAAGUUAGCACCUAAACAUUUCAAGAUAUGGACAUUUUAAACGAGAUGUGCUUAAAUAUCCAAAUGGAAGCACAAAGAUUUAUGUUGGUGGGUUAAGAGUAAUAUUAGGUUGGUGAGCAAUGUGUAACCUUGUCUUAUUUAAUAAAUGUUCUUCAGUUGC